GUUAGGAAAAAGGGUUUAGGGUUAGCGAAAGUAUUAUCCUAAGCUGCUACGUAAAAACACAUGUAUCGAAGGGAGUCCAGUUGUUGUCAAGUUCAUCUGAAUAAUAUGUCAGUUACGUUACAUGACACCAGCCCAGCCGCGGAUCCACUCAGCCCAUGACUCAACUGUCCACUGAUAUCUCUUUUCCGAAAACUAGCCCAAGACUAUUCCACUAUAGCUCUAGUCUUUACCUCUCAGUUUUCGCACAUCUGUAAAGUGUACGAAUAUGGGGGGGACUCCACCUAGCUUGUCUUUAAAUGGAUUAAAGGACGGACUACUAGGUCGAAUGAGGCCUCUGACUCGAAGUACAGUAUAGGCCAGGGUCAAGCCAAAAACCACGGUCAGGAUCGGCUGCAAUGGAUUUGUUCACUAGAACUCCUUUGGAACCCUCUAAACUAAACAGUGAUGGUGAUGGCUGUGGCCCCAGUGUGUUGGGCCCUAGCAGUGGGACCUUGUCCUCUCUGGGUUACCCCGGGACUUACCCCAACCACACGGUGUGUGAGUGGGAGAUCAGUGUGCCGCAGGGCCGGAGGCUACACUUCCGCUUCGCUGACCUGGACAUAGAGGACAACAACUGUCAGGUCAACUAUCUCAGAAUCUACGAUGGUGUAGGACCCCAGAGGACCCAGAUAGUGAAGUUCUGUGGUCUGGGUCUGAAGGUUCCUGAGCUCAUCCAGUCCGGUGGGAACCGGGUCACCAUCCAGUUCAUGAGUGGAACUCACCGCAGUGGGCGGGGCUUCUCCCUGUCCUACUCCACCAUAGAACACACAGAUCUGAUCACCUGUCUCGACAAAGGAAUCCACUUCACUGAGGCAGAGUUCACAAGAUACUGUCCUGCAGGAUGUAUGACCUCUGUUGGGGAGAUUGCUGGGACCGUUCCCCACGGCUACAGAGACUCAUCUCCAGUGUGUCUAGCAGCCAUCCAUGCAGGUGUAGUGUCUAACUCUGUGGGCGGUCAGAUCAGUGUGGUCAGCAGUAAGGGCAUCCCUCACUACGAUGGCUCACUGGCUAACAACGUCUCCUCCACUGUUGGUCCCUUGUCCAACAGCCUCUUCACUUUCAAGACCAGUGGUUGCUAUGGGACACUGGGUCUAGAGUCGGGCGUUGUUAGGGACUCCCAGCUUUCUGCUUCCUCUGUGUGGGAAUGGAGUGACGUGAUUGGCCAGCCCAGCGAGUGGGCCCCAUCUGGGGCCCGCCUUAAAAGGGUGGGGCUUCCCUGGGCGUCGGCUCACAGCGACCAGCAGCAGUGGCUACAGGUGGACCUGAAGAAGGAGAAGAGAAUUACAGGCAUCACCACAACAGGUUCCACCCUCCUGGAGUAUCAGUUCUACGUGUCAGCCUAUCGGGUCCUCUAUAGCAACGAUGGACAGUACUGGAGCACCUAUCGGGAGGCAGAUGCUACCCAGGACAAGGAGAUGAUCUCACUAAGGUUAAAAAUCUAUUUUACGAGAGAAACCUGCACCAAGAAGAGUUUUCAAGGAAACACCAACUAUCUCCAGGAAGUGCGCAAUAACUUCAUCCCACCAAUCGAGGCGCGAUAUGUGAGGAUGAGCCCCACCCAGUGGCACCAGCGAAUUGCCCUUAAGUUUGAGCUGCUCGGAUGCCAGUUCCAUCAAGCUAGGCCACGGAUAAACCACCCCCCUCGUCCUCCCCCAGUGGCCACAGACACCCCCUCACUGUACGGCUUGACCACCCACACCCCUGAAAUCAGAAACACCACCAUGCCCCCACGCACCAGUAACGAUGUGGCAUUGGCAGCAGUGUUGGUGCCAGUGUUGGUCAUGGUUCUGACCGCCCUCGUCUUGACCAUGGUCUGUGCCUGGCACUGGAGAAACAGGAAGAAGAGUUCAGAGGGGGCUUAUGAUUUACCUCAUUGGGACCGUACAGACUGGUGGAAGAGUAUGAAGCAGUUCCUGCCGUCCAAGAUGGCAGAGGGGGAGCAGUCAGUCCGCUACUGCAGCAGUGAAGUGGGCCGGCUCAGAGGAAGAGGGAUCGCCCCCAGACUACAGGCCAAACCCGCAGAAUAUGCCCAGCCCCUGGUGAGCGGUGUGGUGACAUCACUAGGUCAGAGAUCAACCUUCAAGCCAGAGGAAGGUUCUGACCACUGCUACACUGACCCUGACCUCUACGGUGCUCCUAUGGCAACAGACAUCUACCACACCUAUGCUGAACCCCUGCCCGCCUCCGGUGCUGAGUACGCCACACCCAUAGUGAUUGACAUUGCAAGCCACCUAUCAGGGAGCUCCUUGCUGAGCCAGCCACCCACAGUCUCGAGCUUCAUGGGCCGUGGCCCUGCCUCCCUACUCACGCGGACAGACAGUGGGCAAUCGGGUAGAUCAAUGUACGACACGCCCAAGAGUACAGGACAGGCCACGCCCACUGAGGAUCUAGCCUAUCAGGUGCCUCAGAGCAGCUCUCAGAAGCCAGCGGGGCAGAGCUGAAGGGGUGGAGUGAGGACUGUGAUUGGCCGUUACCAUAAACCACAUCCCCCAUGGACAGAGAGAGGGGGGUGUAAAACCUGUGUCUGAGUCUGUAAAAAAACACACUGCCUUCAAGUUAGUUCACUUGGUAUGUGAGUGUGUCUACACAGGAGUCUAUGUACAGUAUGUGUGUGUUUACAUAUACAUGCGUGGCCGGAGAGUGCUAGCAUAGUGCCAUACCAGUCUUAUCACUGAAACCACAAAGAUGAAUGUCUACAUGAAAGUGGAGAGAUGGAGAGCUCACUACUGUUUCAGACAGGCUUAAUCCACUCUGUCAGUGUCUUCAUUUUAUGUUUAGUCAAACUGUGAGUUUAUAUUCCUUUCAUGUGUCAUUUUAAAAGUUAGAUAAUUCUCCGAAGAUAGAUUCUCUGAAAUGGUUGCCUUCGAUAGAAAGGCAAUGUUUCUACCACUAAUAUGUUCUAAUAGGUGACCUUUGGCCUUUAUGCAAACACUAUGUCAUUUUUACUACGGUACGCUUUGAUUGGAGGCUUUCAGAUCUCUUAACUUUUGAAUUUAACCAAUCACCUUUGUACAUAAAUCUAGAGUGAAAUCCACACCAAAAACCUGUGCUCAAGUUACUCAAAAUGAUUUGAUUUUAUUUAUUUUUCUUUCAUAAUUCCUGCUGAAAAGGACAUACUCUCACUUGAAUGUUCCCAACCGUUAUGGACCGCUUCCUUCCCUGCUUCCACGCGGAAGCAUCAAAUAAUGAUGGUUGCACUGUUUUUAUGGUUACACUGUUGUCAUGGACACCUUGCCUCACGUGACACUGGUUGGUGACCGGUCAAAAAAAGACCCCAUACACAAAGUUUAGAUGCCAUUUGUGUUCGCCUGAUUGGAUUCACACACUGCCAGAUUAGGACCUUGAGGCAGAAUCUGCUGUCAUGGUGAGCCAAGAGAGGAGCUGCCCAACUGAAGGGCUGAGUUCUCUACAGUAUGUCAGUGAGACUAAAUGUUUCCUUGUGUUUUACUAUUAUGCAUCAUAUAGCCAUGCAUGCAAAUAUGGCCACUGUCUGUAAGGUCACACAUAAUCCAGAGGGUGUAGGAUGUCUGUGUGUGCUAGUUAGAAGAAGCUAGAGUCCACUCCAGCCAAACUCUGUCCCGGGGCCCACCCUGGGUGCAAGUUUUUUUUUUUUUUUUUUUAGCACCACACAGCGGGUUCAAAUAAUGUUUGGGACCAAGUUUGGGGAAACCCUGGUCUAGGUCACCUCGUCAGCCUUAAAGAGCUAUGUGUAGAGGUCAUGGAUCCUGUCAAAGAUGGUCCGGAGAGGAAACGACACUAGUGACUGGUCAGCAUACUGAAUAUGUAUCAAUAUGUACUGAAACACUUCAAAUUCCAAUAUACAGUAUGCGAGUGAAUGUGCAUCUGUGUCUGAAUUACUUUCCUGUGUGUAUUUCUUGGACAUUGUCUCUACUGUGAUUGCUGUGUUUCGUGUGUGUGUACGUGAUGACUUUCCUCAUUGUCUUUGUGCGAGUAGCUGUGUCUGAACCUUUGUAUCGGUGUGUGUGUAUCUUUGUAUGGCAGGCCUAAAGAGAGCAUCUGUGUGAAGCUAGCUAUGUCUGUCCCUGUGAGUACUGUAUCUGUGUUUGAUUAGUCAUAUCUAUAGUAAUGGAUGUGAGGAGAUCAUUUGUCAGCUCACUCCGUCCUGAACACCAAAUCUGAUCCUGGACCAGUUUAACUUGUGUGUCGUUAAAGGUUAGGACAUCAGUAAGGAAGGCUGGCCCUAGGUCAGUGUGCGUGUUUCUGUGAGUUCACAGAUUGUACAAAGAGAAAUAAAGACAUUGAAAAUAA